GAAAUAUCGGCAAGCGUUUGGUCAAAAAGAAAAUCAUCGAAAUUGACGAAAUUUUCUCAGGGAAAAUUACGAGUAGAUCUCUGUUUUCCUCUUUCCCCCUUCCCUUACGCCCACACAGAUCUCUCCCAUUUUCACCACACUACCUCAUAGAUCCACACUCUUAAGAUCUUUGCAGAGACGCAAUGGCCAUGAUUGAUGAGCCACUCUAUCCGAUUGCUGUCUUAAUUGAUGAGCUUAAAAAUGAAGAUAUUCAGCUCCGGCUGAACUCGAUCCGCCGGCUCUCCACGAUUGCGCGUGCGCUCGGAGAGGAGAGGACCAGGAAGGAGCUGAUUCCUUUUCUCAGCGAGAACAAUGACGACGAUGAUGAAGUGCUUCUUGCAAUGGCAGAGGAAUUAGGGGUUUUUAUACCCUAUGUUGGAGGUGUUGAGCAUGCUAAUGUGCUGCUCCCGCCGUUGGAAACGCUCUCCACGGUUGAGGAAACUUGCGUUAGAGACAAAGCAGUGGAGUCGUUGUGUAGAAUUGGGGCGCAGAUGAGGGAGCAGGACUUGGUUGAGUACUUCAUCCCUCUGGUUAAGAGACUGGCUGCUGGUGAGUGGUUUACAGCUCGAGUUUCCUCAUGUGGCUUGUUCCAUAUUGCUUACCCAAGUGCCCCAGAGACUUUAAAAACUGAAUUACGAACAAUUUACAGUCAGCUGUGUCAAGAUGACAUGCCUAUGGUUAGGAGAUCUGCUGCAACAAACCUGGGUAAAUUUGCUGCUACUGUCGAAGCUUCCCAUUUGAAAACCGACAUCAUGUCUAUAUUUGAGGAUCUGACUCAGGAUGAUCAAGAUUCAGUUCGGUUAUUGGCAGUUGAAGGUUGUGCAGCACUUGGAAAGCUAUUGGAACCUCAAGAUUGUGUGUCACAUAUUCUUCCUGUCAUUGUUAAUUUCUCACAGGACAAGUCUUGGCGUGUUCGUUACAUGGUUGCAAAUCAACUAUAUGAACUAUGCGAAGCUGUAGGUCCUGAACCUACCAGAUCGGACCUGGUACCUGCAUACGUUCGUCUACUUCGUGAUAAUGAGGCUGAAGUACGUAUAGCUGCUGCCGGAAAAGUUACCAAGUUUUGCCGGAUUUUGAAUCCAGAACUUGCAAUUCAGCAUAUCCUUCCUUGUGUGAAGGAACUGUCAACAGAUUCAUCUCAGCAUGUUCGUUCUGCAUUGGCUUCAGUUAUAAUGGGAAUGGCACCAGUUCUGGGAAAGGACGCAACAAUUGAACAGCUGCUUCCUAUAUUCCUUUCUCUUCUAAAGGAUGAGUUUCCUGAUGUCCGGCUCAAUAUUAUCAGCAAGCUUGAUCAAGUGAACCAGGUAAUUGGAAUCGAUCUGCUGUCCCAGUCUCUUUUGCCAGCAAUUGUGGAGCUUGCAGAGGAUAGACACUGGAGGGUUCGGCUUGCAAUAAUAGAAUAUAUACCUUUGUUGGCAAGUCAAUUGGGUGUAGGAUUUUUUGAUGACAAGCUUGGUGCUCUUUGCAUGCAAUGGUUAAAAGAUAAGGUUUACUCAAUUCGUGAUGCGGCCGCAAAUAAUGUGAAACGCCUUGCAGAAGAGUUUGGCCCUGAGUGGGCAAUGCAGCACAUAAUUCCACAGGUUUUAGACAUGAUUAACAAUCCACACUAUUUGUACCGGAUGACUAUUCUACAUGCAAUUUCUCUAUUAGCUCCUGUAAUGGGAUCAGAAAUUACUUGUUCCAAACUUUUGCCUGUGGUCAUUAAUGCAUCAAAAGAUAGGGUUCCCAACAUCAAGUUCAAUGUGGCUAAAGUGUUGCAGUCACUUAUUCCCAUAGUUGAUCAGUCUGUGGUGGAGAAGACAAUCCGUCCAUGUCUGAUUGAACUUAGUGAGGACCCAGAUGUUGAUGUGAGGUUCUUUGCCACCCAAGCACUACAGUCAAGUGAUCAGGUCAUGAUGUCUACCUAGAUUUAAUUUGUCACUGAUUUUCUUUUCCUUCUAGUUUCUGUUUGUCUUCCGGUCCCAUCUGGAAGCUAAGUCAAUAUACAGAUGUAUGUAAUAUCACAAGGUGUUAGAAGAAUUUUUUUCCACCUUUUUCCCAGCAAAACAAUUUCUUGUCUUUUGAUUCUUUAUGAGCAUUUGCCCAUAGACUUAAGACUACUGUCAUGUCAACCUUUAGCUCUAGCUCAUAUCAUGUGUUGUGUUUGUUGGAUUGUAACCCAUUUUAUUCUUACAUGUUGGAGAACUUAAUUAGUUGAAUCAGUUAACAAAUUAUAGCUCUGUCCUGUGUUUUUGUGCAUAGGACAGGUUACAAUA